CGCUCUGCAGUAAUAUCUACGGCCUAUAGUGGUAGCAUCUACUGACUAUAUAGUAGUAAUAACUGCACGCAUCGGGGUGGGGGGGGACACCACACAGUGAAUAAUUAACGUCAGCAUUUAGUGUAUUUUUAUAGCAUUUUUAACGCCAAGGCAAAUGUCCCCCUCACUCCCACCGAAGGCGUGCAACUUGGCAUGGGCCGUCCCCCCCACCAAAGGCGCAUGAGUUGGUAUGGUCGUGCAUGCGUCAUAAAUAAAUAAAUGGGGAUCGCACACAAAUCUCAAUAAAUCGCUAAUUAAACACAUUUUAAGUUGACGAAUGUGAAAAAGGAAUAGCGCUUGCUCACGGCGGGGCUUACGGCGUGGUACCUGGCUAUUUUUAUUUUAUGUAAACCCCACCGUUGGAGAGCGAAAUCGUUCGCAAGCCCGUGAACACACACAAAGCCACACACAAACCCACAAACAGACAAUUUUUGACUUUUAUAUAUAUAGAUAUUCGAGGAAUGUAUUUUUCUCAAUAAUUCACUAUACGAGAUUUUAAUUCACUCAUAUGCGGUUGGACGUGGAACAACAUUGUUUAUGUGUACUCUAUAAUCUACCUGGUAGGUAGCUGUCCUGUGUGGUUCAUUUGUGCACCCUUUUUCCUGGAACUUAUCUGCUACCACGAAGUGAGGGAACCCUGUAUGUGCUGCAUGUUAGGCUCCCCCCUUUCCAAUGAAUUUGCGGGAGCAGACACAAUACUUCUCAGAAUAGAGUCAAGAGGGGAACUCAGCACGUGAGUUAUAUUUGUUCUAGCGCAGAUGAGCUAAAAUAAAUCACAAUUGACCUUAGUUAAAUCAAAAUCUAUUUCAGAAUAUUAUUAUAAUUGUUGAUUUACUCUAUAACAGUGUUGUAUCAGCUUUUGAAUUGCUGAUAUCGUUGAAGUUAAUGUAAUCCAAAGUAAAUAAAUCUAGGGUUCAUAGCGUUCUCUUGUAACUUCUCUCCUAACCUCUAUUUAGUUACACACUUACAAAAUUCCAUUCGUUCGUUUCUCAAUCCACUGGUCCUGGUGACGGUUGCGGCGGCAGCAUAUUUAGUCGGGUUUUCCAGACCUCCCUUUUCCUGGUGACAAACUCUAGCUUUUCCUGGAGAAUUCCCAGGCAUUCCCAGGCCAGUUGAGUGACAUAGUCCCGCCAGCAUGUCCUGGGCCAGCCCCGGGGUCUUCGCCCAAUGGGACGUGCUCAGUAGAGUUCCAGGGGGGCAUCUUACCAGGUGCCCGAACCACCUCAACUGGCUCCUCUCGAUCCAGAGGAGCUGCGGCUCGAUGCCUGCCGUUCUCCCUUCCCACUUACCUACACUAAUGAAAGAGACCCCGAGGUACAUAAACUCCUCCACCAAGGGCAGCUGUUCACCUGGAGAGCACAAUCCACCAUCUCCCAUAUCAAGAUUUAAUCUCCCGGGAGUGAACCAUGACCUCAUAUUUGGAGAUGCUGAUCCUCAUCACAGCCGCUUCACAGACUGACGAGGCAAAGAGGACAACGUCAUCUGAAAAAGCAGCAACGCCACCUCCAUGCACUGGAUACUCUCCAUACCUCGGCUGCGCCUUGAUAUCCUGUCCAUGAAAAUAACAAACAGGAGCAAAGGCAAGACGUACCCUUUGUGGAGUCCAACAGCCACAGUUAACGACUUUGAUUAAAUACCAAGAAUACGGAUAUAGCUCUCACUCCAGGAAUAGAGGGACCAGAUAGGACACAAAAGCAGUGCCAGUAUAUCAUACUCCCGAAAAUUAUUUCUUAAAGCCUACAAAGUAUACGUAGACUGGAGAAGCAUACUCCCAUGACCCCUCAAAUAUCUGUGAGAGGGAAAAGAGAUGGUUCAUUGUUCCACGACUAUGAAUCUGAGGCUCGACCACUGAGCGGAGGUUCCUCUCUAGCACUCUGGCAUAGGCAUUACCUGGGAUGUGGAGGAGUGUGACACCUCUGAAGUUAGAGCACACCCUCUGGUCCCCUUUCUUAAAAAGGUGAACCACAACCCCAGUUUGCCAAUUCAGAGGUACUGUACCUGCCUUCCAUGAAACACGUUAACCACGACACUCCUAUACUGUCCAGCGCGUUCAAUAACUCUGUUUCUAUGAAGGCCCUCGACUGCCGCAGCGACUUCAUCAGCCGUGAUGGAUCCGACCCCCCCAGCUGUUUCCAGGGCUGCCUCCUGAGAGGAGGGCAUGUCCACCGGGUUGAGGAGCUUCUCAAGCUGGACAUAAUGCAACUCCACCUCACUCUCACACUUCUCCGUCUGUAAAGAGGGACAGGAAGAAGGUUCCAGCAGCCCUUGUGCUCUGAACACGUGAGAGGCUAUGUCGGAAGAGGAGGAACACGACAUUAAAGCUCAGGAUGAGCUUGCCAAAGUAAUGACAGACUUAGGUCUUAAUACAAAUUACUGGAUUCCAAAACUGCGAGAUAUUUUACAUAUCACCAAUGUACAGGCAUUGCAAUAUUUUGGCCCUGAAGAAUUUGAAACAAUAGAACCACAUUCCCGGCUUCCAUGGGAGAAAAAGGCAUUGUCUAAGUUAGUGGAAAUGUCGGGCAAAGAAGUUGUAUUAAAGCAAUCACAAAAAUGUGAUCCAAUUGGAAAUGAACAGAAGCAUGAUACACCAACAAAGCAGCAUCCAGAACAAAUGCAGCAGAAAAGAUCAACUCACAUUGGUGAGGCCAAAAUGGAGGAUGAGACAGAGCAGCGACUGGAAUUGAAAGGAGCAAAAGAAAAUCCAUUGUGUGACAAGAGCCAUUCCAAUGAUAUGGAAAGUACUUUUCUCAAGCAGUUAGAUUUAGCAAACAUUUCUACUUUACAUGGAACUGUAUCACGUCAAAUUUGUUUACAAAAUGCAUCUAAAGGACUUGCUUUAGAGGGGGUUUAUAAAACUGGUCAAAUAAAUGCUAGGUUACAGAAAAGAGGCAAACUCGUAAACAUCCCAAUGUCGUUUGAUCUUGCUGGCCCAGUACAUCAGCCAAUGAUAAAACAACAGGAGUUUUCAUCCUCUGAAGAGGAAUCAAUAUUUGAUACAGCAGUGGAAAAAAUUGGAUUCAAUACCAUAACCACAGGUUUCCUACAGGCAUUGAAGGAAGAAACCACCUCACAGCAUAGCAAGGCAUUAUACACUGAAGAAAAGCAACGCGAAAAUCCCAAUUCUUCCCGAAUUCAUUGCGCCAAAUACCUGUACCUACCACUCGCCUCAGGAAGUUUUGACUUUGAUAAACUCAAGCUCUCUGAUGAGGCGUUGGAGGAAUUACAAAGCAUUGAAAGCACUUUAAAAUCCGUCAACGAUGCUUUUAAAACACGUGUGCUAAAAAGCAGGUUAGGGAGUUUUUUUGAGAACUUUGGCUCUCAUGUCCACACAGGCCCUAUCCACUUUGGUGGGAUAUUUAAGUGGAAAGCAUCAACAGAGGACAUCACCUCAAAUCAGAAAAAUGAACAAAGAAAUAUACUAUUGGAGGCAGUGGAAAGGUAUUCCACUUCUGCCUACAACAGCAGUGGCUGUGCAGGUGGCGUGAGCAUGAUGGCAUCCAACUUUAUAACGGAAUUUUCUGAAAAAUACAACGCUACACUUCUGAGUAAGGUGACAUUUUCCGUAGGUACAAUAGGUGGGCCCCCUGGCAUUUGUUCUCUUGAACAAUGGAAAACUGACAUUGUUUCCAAUGCAAAAAUGUGGUCUGUCAUUGACCGAGGCACAUCAUUGGUUCCAGUGUGGGACAUUGUCACGUUUAACCACGAAAAUGAUUUUGAAAAUACUUUGAUAGCUAACAGCCUCAAGGAGGCAUAUACGCUUUUGACGAACCCAAUUCCCAAUUGUCGUGUUGAGGUCUCUGCUAAAGCUGAAGCCCAGUCAGUAAUGCAAGAUAUUAAACAUUGGCAAGAAUCUGACGUGGAAUACAAUUUACAAAAGAUAAUUGAUUUGAAACAGAAGUUACAUGAUGAAACAAAAAACAAUUUGAUUUGGGUAAACACCUGUUUGUCUCACCCAGCUCUCCAGUCAUUUUUGUCAAAUUUUAUUACAGCACCUGCCAAUACGGUAAAAAUAAAAAAGCUUAUGCGCUCUAUUAUGGAGCCAAAGUGUUGUGAGGUUGACAGUUUUCCACAACUCGCCUCCGUUAUGCAGUGGCUUAAUGAGUCUGAAGGAGUCUCUGCUCAGGUAUCUGACUUUAAAGAUCUCGUGAACAUCUUAACAAAAGCAAAAGAAAAUUUAAAAGAAGUUGAGUUUUCAACAAAGUAUUCAGAAAUAAUUGAAAAAAGAAACAAAGAAAUCACGAAUUCAUUUAAUUCAUUCUGUCAAUCACUGAGAACAUCAGAACUUAUCGAACAAGAACUACUCAUAAUUUCAGUUGCUUCUGGUGUCGGAUAUUGUGUAAAAGAAAAAAGAUUUCAGCGUCCCCUGCAUUAUGACAACAUUGCCCAUCUUCAACUUACACUUGAGUCAGCUUGCGGAGAGUCCUCAAGUACAUGCUGAGAGUACACGCUCUGGUUUGUGCAUUGUCUUCAUACUGUUCGCUUUUUGACAUUCUAUUGUCUGACACUGGUGGGAGUAGGCCAUAAAGAAGGCUGUGUGGUGUAGGCCAAUCAGUUUCAAAGACAAUGAAUAUGUUAUCAGAGCAUGUUUGUUUGCAUGUUCACCACAAGUUCUGUAUGUGUGUUUAAUGCAGACUUGAUGUCUUGCGAAAGGUAUAUAUUUUGUGUGUUAACAUUUUAAUAAUUGUUUUAUUGCCAGAAAGGGUAAAACCUAUUCUUAUUUUUUAUACUUUGAUUCUGGCACAAAUGUCCCAUGGUAUAGCUGCUCACCCAGAGCUAUACUUGCUCUGAUAGUGCAUUGUCUUUGUACUAUAUUAUUGGUUCUUUCGGUAAAGUCUUUGUACUGUUCACCUUUUGGUAUUAUCUGGUGUGACACUGGCAAUCUUGGUCACAAAGAAGGGACCGUCCAUAAAUGACGUCACACACCUG